UUAAAGAUCCUGAGGUCAUCCAAGAAGUUGUUGUUUUUGAAGAGGAGGAGGAGGAUUUCAUACAUUCCUAUAUCAAGAAGCUAGAAGAGGAAACUCACAGCUAUUUUACAUCUCAUGUCUGUCCUCGCAAGAACUAUUACUAUUACGCAUGUGAGCGAUCAAACAAAGCAACAGGAUAUAGCAAAGGAGAACCAAACAAAACCAGGGCUAAUUCUUGCAGGGCCUAUGUGUCUUUCAGUAUAAUCAAGGAUGCUGGAUUUACAGGUGCUAUUGUGCACAAAAUGCUGAAACACAGUGGACAUGAUAUUAACAUUCAAGAAGAGGGUGUAAAAAACCGUGUUGACCCAGAACUACUGGCUUUUAUAGAUAUGUGGCUUGAGCAAGGACUAUCGGUCUCAGAAACACUUUUGAAGAGUGUCGAUUGGGCACAGCGCCAUGGACAUACAGAUAGAUGCAAUCGUCGAUACUAUGUUACACCAGAGGAUAUUAGGAUGACCAAGAAGAGCAUAAAUGCUCUCAUUUUUCCUGAUGUGAAAGACAGUAUCAGUGUGGACAAACUAUGCACAUCAGAGCUAAAGGAGAACAUUUGUUUUUAUCAGCCAUUAAGUGAUGACCAACCACUGAUUAUUGUAGUACAGACAUCCUGGCAAAAACAACUACUUAAAGAACAUCCACAUCCCAUGAUGUUUAUGGAUGCCACCUACAAAGGCAUGACCUCAUAUGGCUAUGCAUUUUAUGCAUUGCUUCUGAGAAGCAGGAUUGGAAGAGGAUACCCAUUUGCAUACUUCAUUAUCAGUCAGGAAUCAACAUCUACACUCUCUCUCUGCCUGCAAAAACUUUCUAUUUCUAAUCCUGGCUUUCUUCCUCGGUCAGUGAUGAUUGACAGAGACCUAAAAGAGCUAAAUGCAGUAAGAGAGAUAUUUCCAUCAGCAAAGGUCCUUGUUUGCUGGUUUCACGUGCUGCAGGCUGUGCAUAGGUGGUUGGUGAAACGAGAUGGAGGAAACCUGCCAGUGGUCAAGAGAAACAUGGUGAUUCAAGCAAUGGUGUCAAUGAAGAUGUGUUUAACAGAAGAUGAGUUUGACAACACGUCUGCCACAAAAUGUAAAGAGCUGGAUUCCUACCUUGGAAGUAAACACGUAUCUACUUACCUGAAGAAUCAGUGGAUUUCCUGUGGAGAGCUGUGGUCUAAUUUUGGCAGGUCAUUCAAUCAUGAAAACAGUGAAACCAACAACAAAGCAGAGAGAUUCUUCCUCACGAUGAAAUAUCAGUUCCUGAAAGGGAACACCAACAGACGGAUUGACCAACUCCUUAAACUGCUCUGUGGUGAUGUUCACAAAUAUUACUGGUAA